AAGGACAAUUAUCCAUCCCCCCAGUACAAGGUAUUCAUUCUUGGACUUGAAAACAUUUUUUCCAACACAGAUUCGAUGUAAAACAAAAAAGACACAAUUGCACAUUGAAUAUCUCAUUAUACCGAACACCUUUUUAAUAGUAACAAAAAAAAAAAGGGAAUUUAAAACCUGCUAGGCACCAGAGUAUGUAACCUGUGAGGAUGAUGUAAUGAUAAUAGAAAGGGGAGGUCUGUGACUACUAUGAAAGGUCUACUUAUUGGAAAUAGUAUGACCUUAUCUAUGGAGCUGAUAAGAGUCCUAUAAAAGGCUGGGGAUUGGCUUGUAUUUACUACAGCCCCGAGGUAAUUAGGCAAAAAAAAGAAGCAUUGGCUGACAGUCUGUCUCAAGCAACUUUAGUGUUACUGACUCUUUGUGUGUGAGCUCUCAAAUUGCAAUUUCCAACCCUGGGAAGAUGUCGAAUACCCUGUCUUGGAUUUUGGUUCCCACGAUGGUGGCUGUGCUGUAUCUCCUGAGAGGGGCGGAAAGUCUGCCGCUUUUUGAUGCCGGACCACACGUGCAAAACGGCUGGGGGGAGUCUAUCAGAAUUCGGCACCUGUAUACGGCCAGAAGGUUUGGACACGACAGCUACUACCUCCGCAUACACGAGGAUGGGAGAGUCGAUGGUGACAGACAGCAAAGCAUGCACAGUUUACUGGAAAUCAGAGCGACUGCAGUUGGAAUCGUUGCCAUUAAAGGUUAUCGCAGCUCUCUGUACUUGUGCAUGGGGUCCGAGGGAAAGCUCUACGGAAUGCACAGUUACUCCCAGGAUGAUUGUUCUUUUGAAGAGGAGCUUCUUCCUGAUGGAUACAACAUGUAUAAAUCAAAGAAACAUGGCAUCGCUGUCUCCCUAAGCAAGGAAAAGCAUAAGCAACAAUACAGAGGAAAAGGCUACCUCCCGCUGUCCCACUUCUUACCCGUGAUAAGUUGGGUGCCCAUGGACCCCAGUGGAGAUGUAGAAGAUGAUGAUUACAGGUUUCCAUUCAAUAUUGACGCAAAGAGCGUCAUUGACAGCAUUGACACCCUGGGACUUAUGGAUCUUUCGAAUUAUCAAAAGAAAUAACAAAUGCGUUUAUAAACAAUAAGUUGAGGGUGAAGGAAGAGAAUAUGUUUACAGGCCAUUGUACUGCAGAGAUGAUAACGGAUGAUCAACCCUAUUGUCAGUUGGCCCUCGUAUAAAAAAUUGUGUAAAAUAAUGAAAUAGAUAGAGACUACCGGAUAUGAGCCUUUAUGGCUUUGGACUUGAAGAGCAAAAAAACAACCCAAGAACAAUAUUAAACUCUCGACGAAGAUAUACCUUCUGGAACGUUAGAAGCUGCUGACUCAAUCCCUCCAGACGAAUAGGCAAUUUAUUGGCACAUGUAAAGGCCUACUGGUUAACAGAUAUCUGGCCAAAAAUAGGUCUGUUUUGAAAAUCUCAUGGUCACCUUGAUGCAGUCCUCAUUUGACAGGUCUCCGUAGGACAGGGGGCCAACAAAUUAAUCUUACUGAUUUGACCAGCAUAUGGGUGUCUAAAUGAAGCCAAACGAGUGGAUCUGGUCAUAUAUGGUAACCUUUAAAGCCCCCAUACACAGCCAGAUAUAAGCUGCAGACAGAUUAAGGGGGUUAUUUAUUGAAGUUUGAAUGCCAAAAACUCGAAAAAUUCUUCUUUUACUAUAAAAUCCCAAUUUUUGCGAUUUAUUAUACCCCGAGGCUGCUUAAAGUCCGAAUCCAACAAUACUCCAACUCCAAGCUGUCGGAGUCCUGUAGAAGUCAAUGGCAAAGGUCCCAUUGGUCCCAAAUGGUCUGCAUUGGGUUUCCGGCAAAAAUUCUAAUAAAAUCCGGGGUUUUGCUCGAAUUCACGAAAAAUUAGAGUGUUUCAGGCAUACAAUUAGAAAAUAUGGGUUUUUUUUAGCAACCCUGUAUUUUUUAAGUUUUAUUUCCAUACCGAUUUUAUCGAGUUUUUUCAAUGAUAAAUAAGGUCAAG